CCUCUCUGUGCCUCGCCACCAUCAUCGCGAUUCGCAGCCUCACGGCCUCAGUACGUCUGAACUGAAUUCAAGGAUGUCCACGGCGAGUGCUCAUGUAUGAAUGAACAGAGCAAGAGCUCAUGUUUGGGUUUGACCUUGGCGAUUCCGAUCUAUACCAGCACUAUGUACCAGCACAUGUUGGAGGCUUCAAUAAUAUGUUCACCUUGAAGCUUGAGGGGAAGAUAUCACCACUCCACUUGAUUUUUUUGGGUGCCCCUACGAUUAUGUCCGUUACAGCCGGUUUGCCCUUCACGAUACGACCAGUUUGCCCUUCUGAUUCAUGACCACGAUGCCGGUUUGCCCUUCACGUUCUCCCCUGGGUAGAAUCUCACGGUGUGAGGCACUAUUCAACUCGCAACUGCGAACUUUUUGACAUGAUUUGGUCAUUUGAUACACCUCAUCGGGCUGUUGGUCCGGACUAAUAUAACACCAAGAAACAAGGGCGCGAUGGUUGACAACUCUUUUCUCUUACCAUGUCGGACAAGAAGAUCGCAAUCAUCACCGGUGCAUCCAGUGGAAUCGGCCUAGCAGCUUCAACCACCUUCCUCGCCUCUGACUGGAACGUCUUCGGCGUCGACUUGUCGCCCGCACCUGAAUCGUUAAUGUCCAACACGACCAACUUUAGCUUCCUCAAAGUUGACAUUACUCAAUCUGAUGCGCCAUCUCAAAUCGUAGCCGCCGCGAAAUCUGCUUUCAGUUCUUCUCGGAUUGGUGCGUUGUUGAAUGUUGCUGGAAUUAUGGAUAAGCAUGCUGGAGUGGAUAAGCUACUGGACGCAGAUUGGGAAAAGGUCAUGGCGGUCAAUUUGAACGCGCCUGUGAAGUUGAUGAGGGAAGUUAUCAAUGAUAUGAAGGCCAAUGGGGGUGGGAGUAUUGUGAAUGUGUGUAGCAAGGCGUCGGUUAGUGGGGCUGUUGCUGGUGCGGCAUAUACUGCGAGUAAACAUGCAUUGUUCGGUAUAACGAAGAACACGGCUUGGAUGUACAAAGACGAGGGAAUUCGGUGUAAUGCUAUCGCACCAGGAGGUGGUUUUGGCGAUAUCCUUUUUUCGUUCUUCGAAUUCCCCCUCUAAUAUGAAUUUCGCAGGGGUCAUUGAUACGAACAUUGCGAAGAGCAGUCCACCAGAGACCUGGGAUAUGGCCGCCUAUGCCAAAAUCAAACCUAUACAUGAUGUCUAUGCCGACUUCUACAAUUUGGCCCCGGAGAAAUUUCCCAAGUCUUCUAAUAGUGCGACUCAUGCUGCAGUACUGCUUUUCUUGGCCUCUGAUGCCAGUGCUGGUGUUAAUGGAGUUCUUGUACCCGUUGACAGUGGUUGGAGCACGCUUUAGAUAGAAAGUAGACGUUUGCAUAUCUUACUAUUACACGUGUAAAAAUACAGAUACUUUG